AUGUGCCAAUUAGACAGUGCUUACCGCCGUAAUAUAAAGAUAUACAAUGAAAAUGUAUCAAAAAAUCGGUAUAUUCUGGGUAAACUGAUAGACUGUAUUAAAUUUUGCGGCAAAUUCGAGCUUGCCUUAAGGAGCCACGACGAAACAGAAGAUUCCAAAAACCCAGGAAUUUUUCGAGGAUUAGUCAGUCUUAUGGCAGAACUGGACUGUGUCUUGAAGCAGCACAUUGAGAAAUCAGAAAACCGUGUUUUCUUAGGCCUAUCGAAGACAAUUCAAAAUGAACUCCAGGAAUCAAUUUAUGAGGUAUACCUCAAUCUCAUCAGGAGUGAGCUGUCGAAGGCAACCUUUCUCGCAAUAGAAGUUGAUCAAACUACUGACUGUGCAGAUUCGUCACAAUUGGUCCUAAUAAUUCGCUAUGAGCUACUAAGACAAAUAAAUGAAAGAUUUAUUUCCUUUGUACGCCCAAAAAGUCACAGUGCAGACGAUGUAACUGCAGCUGUUCUCUGCGAGCUAGAGAAAAUGAAUGUACAUGAAACACCUGAUCAGUGUUACGACGGUGCUCCUGUUAUGAGUGGCCAUAAAAGUGGAGUUCAAACUAGAAUUAGAGAAAAUUAA